AUGAAUGGCACUUAUCUUCAACAAACAGUCGAAAAUGUGAUCGCAAAUGAAGCUGGUAAACAAUUAAUGACAGAAGCAGUUUAUUUAUUUGGUGUGAUGUUGAUUAUUCUCGACUUGAAAUAUGAUGCAGCAGCUCGCGAACGAAUGAUUGUUUCUUAUUUUCGAUACAGUGGCAAACGAAAUGCUCUCGAUAGUAACAUAGACGAAGUUGGAAAACUUUUAGCAAGGAACGACGGGUUUUCUCUGCAACCGUAUCGUCGUCCACCUGGUUAUCCAGAAAAUUAUUUCAAACGAAUUGGAUUUCGCGAAGACAUUAUUGGUAUGAUUAUUGGUCGUUUGCGUUCAGAUGAUAUUUAUAAUCAGAAAAAAGCGUACACAGAAUUAGAACAUCAAACAACAGCGUUUGCAACGCAAGCAGCCAUGAUUUACGUUUUACUUUAUUUUUACCCCGAUAUAUUACACAAUAAACCAGCUGUAAUGCGUGAAAUUGUCGAUAAACAUUUUGCUGAUAAUUGGGUAAUCAAUUUGUAUAUGGGUAUAACGGUGAAUUUGAUUGAUGCAUGGGAUCAAUAUAAGGCAGCCAAAGCGGCUCUCAAUAACACACUUGAUAUACAAGCGGUUAAAAACAGAGCACAAAUAGUUUAUUCGAGUAUUGGAAAACUAAAUACACAAGUGGAACAGUACUUGACAGAAGGUGUUCUUAUUGAAGAUUAUGUGCUUAAAAACAUCUCACAAUUACUUCGGUUUAUGAAGGAAUGCAAUAUUUGUCUUCGAUGGAUCAUAUUACACACCAGUGAACUACCAAUAGGUGCUGAUACGAAUAAACGUUGUAAACAAAUGUUGAAUUUAACGAUAAGUGAAGCACAUUAUAAUCCUGCUGAAGUAUUUCAAUUACUUUUGAACACAGCUCAGUUUGAGUUCAAUUUAAAAGAAAUUGUCAGUCAAUUGCUUGUAGAAAAAUAUGAUCGAUGGAAUGCAAACAAACGAGAAGCAAUUGAACGUUUACUAGAAUUAGCGGAUGUAUUUUCUGGGGCCAAACCAUUGACACGUGUCGAGAAAAAUGAUAAUCUUCAAGCGUGGUUUCGAAAUGUGGCAAAAAAGAUUGAAACAUUAGAUUUUGAUGAUUGGACAAGUGCAGGGCGACAAACAAAUCAAAUAAUGACAGCUUUAGAUGAAGUUCAGCAAUUUCACGAAUUAGACACGAAUAUGCAAGUAAAACAAUUUCUAAAUGAUAAUAAACGCUUAUUAAGUACAAUGAUAUUAUUGAAUAAUGUACAAGAAUCAACACUUUCAAUCAUGGAACUUGUUGCCGAUUUAUCCUAUGCAUGGAUCAUUAUUGACAGCUUUACAUUAGUAAUGCAGCAAGGUAUCAAGCGAAAUCCAUCGUUGGUGACAAAAUUACGUGCUACUUUUCUAAAGCUUUCUUCUGCCCUUGACCUUCCUCUUGUUCGAAUAAAUCAAGUUGGUAGCAAAGAUCUGAUGACCGUGUCGCAGUAUUAUUCUGGUGAAUUGGUUGCAUACGUGCGAAAAGUUUUACAAAUCAUUCCUGAAACAAUGUUUACUAUGUUGGCUAAAAUUAUUCAGUUACAAACGAAUACACUCAAAGAAUUACCUCUUCGUGCAGAAAAAGAUAAGCUACGUGAAUAUGCUCAAUUAGAUGAACGUUAUCAAGUGGCUAAACUGACACACGACAUAUCUGUAUUCACUGAAGGCAUGUUGAUGAUGAAAACAACAUUAGUUGGCAUAGUCAAACUUGAUCCAAAACGUGUGCUUGAAGACGGCAUUCGCAAAGAGUUAGUCAAACAAGUAGCAACAGCUCUUCACAACGGUUUAACCUUCAAUCCACGUGCUAAGGGAAGUGAAUUGAUUGCCAAACUGGACGCUCUUGGUAUACAAAUGGAAGGUUUUCGUCGUUCGUUUGAGUAUGUUCAAGAUUAUGUUAGUAUAUAUGGCCUAAAAAUUUGGCAAGAAGAAGUUUCAAGAAUAAUCAAUUAUAAUGUUGAACAAGAAUCAAAUAGCUUUUUAAAACAAAAGGUGUAUGAUUUUCAAAGUUCAUUCCAAAAUCGACACAUUCCUAUACCGCGCAUUGCCCCGCUAGGAGAUGGUUCUGUAAAUUUCAUGGGUCGUCUUUGUCGAGAAAUUCUUCGCGUUACCGAUCCGAAGCAAACAUAUUAUGCUGAACAACGUAAUACAUGGUAUGACUGGCGAACAAAACAGCCCAUUGUCGACAUUUUAUUAUUUCGUAAAAUUCACCGAGCUGUUGGCUCAUUCGGCCUGAAUGGACUUGAUCGCUUGCUAUCAUUUAUGAUUGUUAAAGAAUUACAAGUGUUAACUGACACAAUCCAAAGUGUAUUUACUCAACGUGAGUCAGCUGACAUGCUUGAUUCAUUCCAGCGACAGUUAAUGCCUAUUGAUAGUCUCAUUAGUAAGUAA